GCCUGUUUCCAUGGUGACGCGAUGACUCGCUGGCGUUGUACUGAGCUGCAGCCUAGCACUGCUGCUCAGGGAUAACCGGUUUGAGCCCGUGUACCGUUAGCAUGGUCGGGUGUCGUAGCUGUGUAUAGCGCUAAGGUAAUGUCUGAAGUAGAUGCUCGUGUGGCUGCUCCAUCAUGAUAACCUGCCAGUUAGACCCAUCGUUAAUCACCGUGAAGGGCUUAAUAUCCCAGGAAAGCGCGACCUGCGGGCAGCGCGGCCCUGAUGCGGUUGGAUAUCCGACAUACAGGAACUUGAGGAUGGGAGCAGGUGGAGGGCAAGCAGCUCUGAGGCAAAGUCAACCAAGGAAAUUUCCUGCGAUCCAGGCUUUGAGCAUGUCCAGGGACGGAAAACCUCAGCUGAGCGGCUGCAUAAUUGGAGGGCCACCUAAUUUAACCAAAGAUGACAAACUGGAAUCGCAUAACGACGUCCCAGAGAGGGACCUCAGCAGGAGGCACUUUCUGUUCGACAGAAAAUGUAUGAUGUUAGAGAGGACCAAAACUGUGAUUCCUCCACUGCCAAGAAACUACCAUGUGCACAGACCUGGUAACCUUCCUCCCUUCAGCCUCUCCAAGGAGCUUUCCCACAGCCACGUGGGGCGACCCUUCACCCUGGGGUUCCCUGAAAGCUAUAAACUGAACACAAGUCCAGCGGUCCUUGUUCCCUCAGCUUUAGUCCUCAGUGGCAGAAACACCUUUUCGGUUGAGAACUGCAAGCUCGGCAGGGCCAAGGUGAAAUAUCCAUCCUCCAACGUAAUGACUGUUAAAGACAAUCAGAAAAGCCAAUCCUAUCCGGACCCAGUGGUCGGAGCCUCUCGCUCUUUCAUCCACAGAAUAUCUGAGCUGUCCUCUUUGGAGGGUGAGACGGUGAGACAGGAAAAGCUCAAGAAAAUGAGGAAACCUCGAAAGCCUCCAUCCUGACAAUCACCUCCUUCCCAGUCACGCUGGUCGAGGUUAAAAACAUUCGAGUCUGUGCCAACGACGGAAGAAAAUAAACCAUUUAGUGCACCAUGUUCAUUUCAGUGGCUCGUUCUGACUGCUUGCUUGUCCUCGGUGAUAUUAGUUUGUUGCUCGGUAUGGCUGGUGGUUACAUUUUGGGAUUCAUGAGCUGAUUACGUGUAGUAACAACUUGCUACAACAGUAAAUGCUCAUGAUGAAUAUUAAGUAAAUAUUUUCCAGUCUGACCCACAGCUGUCAGUAGUUUUUUUUUUCCACUCGGCAUUUGCAUGCAGGAUAUUUAAUUUAGCUUUACAAUGGCUCUUAUGUAAUACUGCCAUAUUUCUUUCUGUAUCAUCUGUAUCAUAUUUCAUAUGGUGUCCAGCUUUGGCCCCAUCAUUACAACAGUGUUUGAAACAUACAGCAUAUCUAAGCUUUGUUAAGUAAGUGAAAUAUUGAUAUAUAUUAAAUAGUUUAGCAAAGCCAUUAUUGUGCCUUGUUAACUGUCU